UUUUUCUUCUCCCACAGAAGCGAUCCUUCAGCGUGUUUUUACAGCGACGUGGACCGAGUUGCUCAGCCCUGAUUGGUCGCUCUCGUGGCGGCUGCGUGUGAAACUCUCCUCCGCGGAGCUUUUCCACGUCGCCGAAAGUGGACACGUUUUAUUCGGCUACAGGGGUGAACCAUGCAGAGCUUUUUCAUGACUAUAAUUGAGCGUUAACACGUUUUUCUGAAGGGUUCACAAUGGCUUCUCCGAGGCUCCGGAGAUUUGUGUUGUUAGUCGCCGGCCUGUUCUUCUUCUCUCCGGGGCCGACUGCAGCGUGGGACGCGGAUUUGGAGAUGUUCGACCUGGUGGAGGAAAUCCCACAAUCAUUUUACGAGUUUCUUUCCGUCAACCAGGAUGCCUCACCUGCUGAGAUCAGAAAGGCCUACAGACGACUUUCCCUCAUCCUUCACCCUGAUAAAAACAAAGAUGAGAACGCUGAAACCCAGUUUCGCCAGCUCGUUGCCAUCUAUGAAGUCCUCAAAGAUGAGGAACGGAGAAAAGGGUAUGAUGACAUCCUGGUUAAUGGGCUUCCUGAUUGGAGACAGCCCGUGUUCUACUAUCGUCGUGUCCGGAAGAUGAGCAACGGAGAGCUGGGCUUCCUCCUCUUCCUCAUUCUCACUGUGGGCCACUAUGCUGUGAUCUGGUCUAUUUACUUGGAGAAGCAGUUGGAUGAGCUCCUGAGCAGGAAGAAGAAAGAGAAGAAGAAAAAGCAAAGCAGCAAGCUGGCCGAGGAGCCGAAGACCACGGGGCAGGAGAAAAAUGAGAAAUCCGAUAAACCGAACUGGCAAGAUAUUCUGCCACUCAAGCUGAGCAUAUGGCUUUACUACGCGCUGAAAUCUCUCCCUCAUGUCAUACAGGAGGUGAAGCAGUACUACCAAGACUACAAAGAGAUGAAACUGAAAGAAAAAGAGCAAGCGGAAGCAGAAGCACAAGCAGAGCAAGAAACGCAACAAAGAGAAAAAAGGCCAAAGGUAAAGAAACCCAAAGUCGAGUUUCCGGUUUACGAGUCCAGCGAGUCGGCGUACGUUCCUGCGUACGACCAGGGAACGUCCAUCGAGGACAUCGAGGAUCAGAUGGACGACUGGCUAGAAGAUCGUAAAAUGCAAAAAAAGAAAAGUCCAGAGUGGACAGAUGAGGACCUCAGUCUGCUGACUCGCUGCAUGGCGAAGUUUCCAGGAGGAACACCGGGGCGGUGGGAGAAGAUCGCUCAUGAACUGGGCAGAGCCGUUACUGAUGUUACAACAAAAGUGAAACAAAUCAAAGACUGUGUUUCCAAUACAUCAGGGUUGGUGAAGUUCUCGGAGUUGAAAAGUAGCGUGACGGUGGGAAAAAGCGCCGUCCCUGAUAGUCUUAUGACCCAGAGAGAGGAGAUCGGGCUCCUCGAAGAGCCUUCUCAGCUCGACACACCCGAGGAUACUGAGAGCAAAACCGUGAGGAGACGAAGCAAGAAAUCCGCCACGGGGGCUGCUGGGACAGGACCAGGGGAGGAGAAGGAAAAAGCGAAAGGGCGCAGACAGAGAGACUUUGAUCCCACGGCCGUGGAAGAGGACAGCGACGAGGAGAAAAAGCAAGCAAAGGAAAAGCCAGUGUCUUCUGACGAGGUUUGGUCCCAAAACCAGCAGAGACUGUUGGAGCUGGCGCUGCAGCAGUACCCCCGAGGCACAGCGGAACGCUGGGACAGGAUCGCCAAAGUGGUGCCUGGGAAAAGCAAGGAGGAGUGUAUGAUCCGGUACAAGCUGCUUGCUGAGCUGGUGCUGAAAAAGAAACAGGCGAAGAGCUGACGAAUCCUGAUCCCUCUUUCCUCCACCUGUUUCUUCAUCUCUCUCUCUCUAUCAUGUGCCUUAGCUUUGCCAAAAUCAUGCUGGAUAUCAGCUGGAUCGGUUCACCAGCUGUCUGGUUUAGGGCUGGUUUAUAUUUCUGCACUGAUCUUAAUUGAUUGAUUGAUUGAGUGACUGCACUUCUCAGAAAGGAUAAGACAUAAAAAGCGUUCACGUUACGGUAUUCGUGUUCAACAAACACGCAGAUGCAGAAGUAUAAACCAGCCCCCGUGCUGAAAGACGCCAGGCUUCAGUAUUGGACGAACCCAUUUACUGUGUGUAUUAAUCGAAGCUGCAAAUGUCCAGAAAUCAGUUUUAUUAUUUAUUAAAUCUUUCCGAACAGAACAGCGAAGCUUCUUCUGAUGCCCGUUGAUGUUUUCGGCCCACAUGUUUUCAGAGACCCAAUGUGGAAUUGUGGUUUUAAUCUGUCGAUGAAACAUAAAUCAUUUACGCACAACAGA